AUGCUUCGCGUUCGCAGUGGAACUUCUGGCGAUGAGGUCACUGUCAUCCCUGUGAAGGAAUUGAAGACGGUCGGAACACUGAAGGAGCGCUUACGCGAGGUAUGCGGCGUGCCCCGCUUCAGGCAGCGGCUGCUUUGCGGCGAUGUGCCGCUUGAGGACAGCGCAAGGCUGGAUGCCGCCAUGGAUGUUCAACUUGUGUUGCUUCCCUUCUGCGACGUGCCUUCACCGCAACUGCUUGACUUGAAGAUCGCCAUACGGAACGGCAAGGUGGUUGAGGUGGAGAAGAUGCUGCAAUACCCCAUAGACCCGAAUGUGGCUAUCCACGAGGCUUGCUGGGUAGGUCAGGCUGCUGUGCUGCGCUUGCUGCUGGAGGCAGGUGCUGAAGUGAAUUUAGCGAACAGUGGCGGGCAAACUCCACUCCACCUGGCAAGCAUGAAGGGCCAUCGGGACCUUGUGCAGUUGCUGUUGGGUAUAGCAGCUGAUGUUAGCUUGGUCGACAUGAAGGGCAAGACUGCAGUGCAGCUGGCGGGCGAUGCAGGCUUCAGCGACAUCGUGAGGCUAAUUGAACAAGGUGCUGCGCCAAGGCCAAGAAGACAUGCCGCAGAUGCUCGUGGACGCAGACCGGGUUGA